CGUCCCGGUCGUCUAGUAAAGGAUGCUUGACGCGUGAAAGUACGUAUACGGACCCUCCGCGAGUCGAGGCACAGUAACAUUACCCGCGUUUAGAACAAAGACGGACACGCCGCUUGCGACAGCUUUGUUGUCCUAAUGUGUCUCUCGGCCGUCCUCUGUCUUGUCUUGUGUUCGCUGUCCUCGGACCGUCAUCAGCCUGAGUGGAGUCAUAAAUAACAUUCCUUACAGUGUGAGCAUCAUGUCCACUGCUGGUUCAGCAUCGAAGAAGGCACCCAAGAGCCAUAGCACACGUUCCCACGGUACUACCUCUAAGGGCCUCAAAGAAAUCCACAUUGAUGAAGAAGUCAAGAUAUCGAUCAACCUCUCUCUGGAGAGGUUUCAAUACAGUGACCAAAAAGAGAUGAGCUUUCCCUCCUCCUUCUCCAGUAAUGAGCGGGCUUUCAUUCACCGAAUGGCACAGUCCCUGGGUUACAUCUCCAAGAGCAAAGGGAAAGGACCAAAUCGCUCCCUCACCAUCAGGAAGAAGACCGGUUCAGAUAAACCCCAGCCUACGAUGCCCCUCCCAGUCUCCCACAAUUCCUUAUAUUUCAUCAGCAGCCUACUGCAGAGGUUUCCCAUCAGCAGUAAAGAACGCAUGGACAUGCAGCCCAACAACAAAAAUGGCCUGUCUGUUGCAGCAGAACCCGACGGCUGCAGUGAGAGGAACCGAGCAAGCGGACGCCUAAACAACGCCAUACCCAUGGUGCCUCAGAGACGGAGUCCAACAGACCUGGACAGUUUUCGAAACGCCCUCCCUGUGCAUGAGCGCCAGGGCGAGAUCAUCCAGCUCAUCAGAGACAACAGGGUUGUGUUGGUGGUUGGAGAGACUGGCUCUGGAAAAACCACACAGAUCCCACAGUUCUUGCUGGAUGAGUGCAGCAGGAAUGGAGAUCCGUGCAGGAUUUUCUGCACUCAACCCAGGCGGCUGGCUGCCAUCGCUGUGGCUGAGCGAGUGGCAGCAGAGAGAGGGGAGAGUGUGGGCCAGACGGUCGGUUAUCACAUCCGACUAGAGAGCAGGGUCUCGCCAAAGACGCUGCUGACGUUUUGCACCAGUGGAGUGCUCCUCAGAACUUUGAUGGCUGGAGAUGCCAGCCUGAAAACGGUCACACAUGUCAUUGUGGAUGAGGUGCAUGAGCGUGAUGGUCUGACAGACUUCCUGCUUACCAAGAUACGGGAUGUGCUUCAGAAGAUUCCCUCACUGAAACUGAUCCUCUCCAGUGCAGCUCUGGAUACAGACCUUUUUCUUCAGUACUUUGGCUCCUGUCCUGUUAUCCACCUCAUAGGAAGACAGUUUGAGGUGAAGGAAUUCUUUCUGGAAGACAUCCUGACACUGACCGGCUUCAACAAUAAGGACCUGCGGAAAUGCAAAGAGGAGACCCAGAGAAAGGAUAAGAAGCAGCAGUGUCUGACAGAGUGGUGUCAGGCGGUAGAGGAGGAGAAACAGAGGAGCCCCAUGUCGGCCCCGGGCUUCCUGCAGGAUCGCACUUCCCUGGACAUAUUGGACAGCACCUUCAACACACUGACUGAGAGUGACACCGAGCAGCUGGAGCCGUGGCUUCUGAGGGAGAUGGACUCGUGCAUUUACAACGUUUUCCUCAAUGAAGAUCAGGAUACUUUCAUUCAGCUCUUCAACCUCAUCCUCUAUGAAAACGUAAACGUGGACUACAGGCACAGUGACACAGGGGCCUCCCCCCUGAUGGCGGCGGCAGCGCGGGGGCUCCUCACACAGAUGGAGCAGCUGCUCAGCAUGGGGGCAGACAUCAACUUGAAGGCAUCAAACGGCUGGACAGCCUUCGACUUUGCCAAACACUUCCAGCAGACAGAUGCUAUGGAUCUACUCAAAUCGUCCAUUCCGCUGGGAGAGGAGAGCAGCCGGGGCGAGUCCUGUCUGAUGCCGGGUGGCAGUGCAGAGGUGAGCACUGAGGAGCAGGAGCUGCUCAAACUGUACCACCACAGCUUCGAUGAUGAGCGGGUGGACCUGGACCUCAUCAUGGAUCUGCUGCACCACAUCUGCUCCACGACUAGUGACGGUGCUGUCCUGAUUUUUCUUCCUGGAUAUGACGAGAUUGUGUCACUCAGGGACCGCAUCCUGUAUGACGAUAAGAGAUUCUCCCACCACUCUGAAAGGUACCAGGUGUUCACUCUACAUUCAGACAUGCAGACUCUGGAUCAGAAGAGGGCCAUGAAGAACUCUCCACCUGGUAUCAGGAAAAUAAUUCUUUCCACCAAUAUUGCGGAAACGAGCAUCACUAUUAAUGAUGUGAUCUUUGUCAUUGACUCAGGAAAGGUCAAAGAGAAGUCCUUUGAUACCCUCAGUCAUGUAUCCAUGUUAAAGACGGUUUGGAUCUCGAAAGCCAGCGCUCUGCAAAGGAAGGGAAGAGCCGGCCGCUGCAGACCAGGGAUCUGCUUCCGGCUCUACAGUCGACUCAGGUUCCACAACAUGCUGGAAUUCCAGGUUCCACAGCUGCUGCGGAUGCCACUGCAGGAACUGUGCCUGCAGACCAAACUCCUGGCUCCCUCCUCCUGUCCAGUAGCUGAGUUCUUGUCCAAAGCUCCCCAGCCGCCUGCUGCACAUGCUAUCCGAAACGCUGUGCAGAUGCUAAAGUCAAUAGACGCCAUGGACCAGCAUGAAGACCUGACUGAUCUGGGUUACCACCUGGCUGAUCUUCCCGUGGAGCCCCACUUGGGCAAGAUGGUGCUGUGCGCUGUGGUGCUCAAGUGUCUGGACCCCAUUCUAACCAUUGCCUGCACACUAGCCUACCGUGAUCCCUUCAUCCUUCCCGCCCAGGGGACUCAGAAAAAAGCUGCACUACACAACCGCAAAUGCUUCACUUCCACCUCCUUCAGCGACCACAUGGCCUUGCUGAGAGCCUUCCAGGCAUGGCAGAAGGCCCGCAGUGAAGGCUGGGAGAGAUCCUUCUGUGAGAAGAACUUCCUGUCCCAGGCCACCAUGGACAUGAUACUGGGCAUGAGGACACAGCUGCUGGGACAGCUCCGAGCCAUUGGUUUUGUGCGAGCGCGCGGGGGCAGUGACAUCCGGGAUGUGAAUCUGAACUCUGAGAACUGGGCCGUGGUGAAAGCAGCACUGAUGGCCGGCAUGUAUCCCAAUCUGGUGCAUAUCAACCGGGAGACCUCCAUGAUUUCCAGUAACCGGGAGAAGAAGGUCCACUUUCAUCCCACUUCUAUUCUGAGUCAGUCCCAGUUCAAGGAGAAAUCGGCCCAGGUCCUUCCCACAGACUGGCUGAUCUAUGACGAGAUGAGCCGAGGCCACCGGAUGGCCAGUGUCCGCUGCUGCUCCGUGCUGACUGCCAUCACUGUGGCCAUUUUCGGAGGCUGUGCCAAGCUACCCAGCUCUGCCCUGCAGGAACCUGCUGCACAGAAAACCACUGACAGUCCAUCAGGUGACCUCAGUGACAGUGACUCAGAGGAGCUGGCCGAGAUGAGGAUAGAUGACUGGCUCGUCUUUCAAUUGGACAAUGAGGCCGCGGGACUGGUGUUUGAACUGAGGCAGAAGUGGCAAAAUCUGUUCAUCAAGAGGAUCCGUUGUCCUUCAAAGCCCUGGUCUCAACAAGACGAGGCCAUCAUCCGAACCCUGGUUUCUGUGCUUGCAGCAGAGGAGCAGGGAGCAGGUCUGCAGCAGCCCACAGGGAUUGGCCAGCGGCCCCGGCCCAUGUCCUCCGACGAUGGGCCUCUGGCUUCAAUGAAGAGCUCCAAGAACAGCCCCCAACGACCCCCCAACACCAUCAGUGACAAGUCCCGUAGGAUGGCGGCAGCCUGGAGCCUUCAGCACAGAGAGGAAGCCUUCCUGCCCAACAAGCAGCUCUUCGAUGAAUCCCUUUCAUCCAGUAGCUCUUCCUGCUCGAUGACCUUUGACAGUCCGUCUUACAGCCCCGGUCCUUCCUCCUCAGGAAAGCAGAUCCCAAAGCCACAGUCACCCCGGCCGGUCUCUUCAGUGCGCUACUUCAUCAUGAAGAGCAGCAAUGUGAGGAACAUAGAUAUUUCUCAGCAGAAAGGUAUCUGGUCCACCACGCCGAGCAAUGAGGGCAAACUCACCAAGGCCUUCCUGGAGUAUAGGGCUAUCAUCCUCAUCUUCUCUGUUCAGGGAUCUGGGCAGUUCCAGGGUUAUGCCCAAAUGACAUCAGUCAUCAGUCAGGGGAGCUGCCAGGACUGGGGCUUCAUGGGACUCGGGGGGGUUUUUAGUGUUGAGUGGAUCCGCAAGGAGAGUCUCCCCUUCCAGUGCUCCCAACACAUCCUCAACCCGUGGAACGACAACAAGAAGGUUCAGAUCAGCAGGGACGGACAGGAGUUGGAGCCCCAAGCAGGCAGCCAGCUGCUGUUACUGUGGCAGAGAAACUUAUGAAUCCAGUUUAAUGAAAGUGCACGGUGUGCUCCACUACUUGAGUGGAAUGUCGGGACAAUGGAACUGAUUGAAUUGAUUGCAAAGUUCAGCUGUUGCCUCUUGGUUGUGUUUUAUUUAAUGUUCUCAUUGGGUUUUUAUUCGUUCUGUUCUAAAUGGUACUUGUGUUCUUAUCAAUGAUUUUCACAAUAAAAAGUCUGUUGUUAGAAGCGUGUUAGAGCCUCAGGAGAAAAGAAAUCUUAAUAUUUGGUUUUAGCAUUUGAAUUGUUCAAUUUUUGCUGCUGACCUGAACUUGACCUCUGAGCUCAGGUGCCUCAUGAUUGUUAUUGGCUUGAUAAAAUAAACAGCAAUUUAAUCUUAAA